CUCUCGCCGGGAGUCGCCGCCCAGCCGCUCCGCUCCCCGAGGCCGCCCGCCCGCCCGCCCGCUCGACCCACCGCCGCCCGACGACGCCUCAGCCAUGAUCAUCUACCGCGACUGCAUCAGCCAAGACGAGAUGUUCUCGGACAUCUACAAGGUCAAAGAAGUGGCCAGCGGACUCUGCCUGGAAGUGGAAGGGAAGAUGGUGAGCAGGAAAGAAGGUGAAAUAGAUGAUGCUUUAAUUGGUGGAAAUGCGUCGGCUGAAGGUCCAGAUGGUGAAGGGGCAGAGGCUACCGUUGUCACCGGUGUUGACAUUGUAAUGAACCACCACCUUCAGGAAACAAGCUUCACUAAAGAGUCUUACAAGAAGUACAUCAAGGACUACAUGAAAGCAAUCAAAGCAAGACUUGAGGAAACAAAGCCAGAGAGAGUAAAGCCGUUCAUGACUGGAGCAGCUGAACAAGUCAAACAUAUCCUUGCAAACUUCAAAAAUUACCAGUUUUUUGUAGGCGAGAACAUGAAUCCAGAUGGAAUGGUGGCGUUGCUGGAUUUCCGUGAGGAUGGUAUCACUCCUUAUAUGAUUUUCUUUAAGGAUGGAUUAGAAAUGGAGAAAUGUUAACAAGAGACCAACCCUUCUGGAUCAUCUAUCAUCAUCAUAAUUGGCUGCUGUUCUUUAUUCAUCAACAAAACAUCAUGACUCAGCAUUGUUUGAAAACUGGACUGAUGCCAUCUUGAGCUUAAUUUGAUUUAUUUUGACCCUGAAUUAAUUGGAGUGGAGGCAUUGGUUUUUAAAAACUUGUCAUGUAGGCUGUCUAAAAUAAAGAAAAACUCAUUUAAACCCAGCAUAGAUAAUGCCUCUUGGUUUAAUGCAUUCAGCAGGGUUCUUCAGCAAGCUUCUUGUAGCUCUUGUGAAUUUGGAUUUUUGACUUCAGUAGCAUAGCCUGGCCUAAUGCAUGUGUCAGACUGUCGUCCGAUACUGGUGACCUAGAACUGGAAGAUCAGCCGGCUACAACUGACUUGCUUCUAAACACCUGAAAAUGAUUAGUAGAGAAGAAAGCUUUUAUUCUGAAAUGGACCGAGUUUCUUGAUGUUCAACAAACCACAAUAGCUAGCUGGAGGACAGAAUUGGAAGACUUGAAUACAGACUGCUGAUUAGAGUUCUGAACCAGUCAAGGAGAGAUGGAUUUCAUCAGUUUAUCAUGGCAAAUUAUGACUAAGGCAGAAGCAAUGGAACAGCAAUCUUUGGUGGCAGAAACAAGCAUUUUAGGCAGGGAUUCUGCACACAAGAGGCUGUAGUUCAAAGUAAUUAUAACUUAAAAUGGAAAAGUAAUACUGGUUUAAUCACAGGACACUAAUAAUCUUUGUGGUUUAUCAAAGCCUAAAUUGGUUAGUUGUGGUGGUAAUGGCAAACUUAAGCACUAGUCCAAAGAAUUAGUGUAGACAACAUGUGCAUCAUACUGUUUUUGCUGAUGUUUGCAAAGUCCUGAAGUAUAUUUUAUGGGCUGUCCCAGGAGACGUUUGCCUGACAGGCCAUGAUAAAGUAAAUUGGUUCCCA